UAAUGUGACUCACAAUCUUAUGUGCGGUGUAUAAAUGCUUGAUUAAACUAUAGUAUGAUAUUAAUUUUAGUUGUUGGCCAAAAGUAGGAAAAAGAAAGAAAAGAGAAAUUAGAAAUAUCAAGAUUAAUUAACAUACGUUGUUUUAGGCAAUUAAUUGCUAUAGCACACGUGAGAUAGAAGACCAAUCAUGAAGACUUUUUUUUCUCAGUAGAUCAGUUGACGAUCUAAAUUUUUACUACUAUAUGAAUCAAACAAUACGAAAUUGAAAAAAUAUGUUAACUUAGCUAGAAAAUUCUACAAACAAUUUGCGUGAAGUAGUUGAGAUAUUCGAAAUAUUCAAUUAACUCCAUUGACUUAUCAAGAAUGGGUCUCUUUUGUUUGAUUAUGAGUUGGUUAUAUAACGGACUAUAGUGGCUUUUUGAUAAUAUUAUAGGAACUUUUUAUAUCAAAGCGUACCCCAAUUAAUCAAUGUGUCAGCUAUCGAUGGGACGCGAUGUCGAAACCUUAGUAUAGUUAGAUAUAAAUUGAAUCUUACGGGUAUAAAAAUGAAGAUUUCAUUUUUAAAAAUUAUAAAUAAAUUUAUAAAGGACAGAUUUAUAUUACGUUCUUUCCAAGUGCCUAAGUUUAUUUGAUAACCCAAACCACUAAAUAAUGAAAUUAAGGUAUGAUUUUUAUUAUUAUACAUAUUUAAUUAGGUUUGUAAUUAAUGUUUAUCCCCACAUCGUCUCCUAAUAAUUCAAAAUACACCCUGGAAAGCUCAACAAGCCUGCCUAGCUAAUUGGUCACCCCACCUACACAUGCAUGCAAGAAAAAUUUAGUGUUAAUUAUAUCUUUUAAGAAAAGAAAUUGAAAUUUAAUUAUGGUAUAGAAUAAGUAUAUUAGUGUCUUUUUUUAUCGGUGUUUAGCACCCUCAUUAAAACAUUAAAGUCCAACUAAAUUUAAAUUAGCGUCAAAAAAUCUCACAUUAGAGUAAAGUUUCCCUCUAACAACGAAGACUUUAAGUUUAGAGAACUUCAACUCAACACGCUUAAUUUAGAGUCUCAUUCAUUAUUAUUUGGGUCCUACAACUAAUACCUUUUUGUUGUAUAUAUAGAUGCUAGGUAGCUUUAUACAAAGUCCUUUGACUUAAUGAACUCUUCACAUCCCAAUUGAUCUCUCUUUAUAUAACAAAUAUCCAAUCAAUAGAUCAAACGCUCUAUUUUAUUUUUUUUUGAAUUUUAUGUACUCCUAAUUGAGAGCAAUUUCAACAUGAAUAGUACAAUAUGUGUAAUGGAUGCCUCGAGUUGUUUAGGUUCAAAACUUGUUAAAUGUCUUCUUCAGAGAGGAUAUACUGUUCAUGCAGCCCUUCAAAAUUAUGGCGAAUCAUCGUUGUUCUUGGACGAACUUGAAUGUGAUGAUGAUGGUGAUGACAAGAUGAAGAAAUUAAAGAUUUUUCGAUCGGAUCCUUUUGAUUAUCAUAGUAUUGUUGAUGCUUUGAAGGGUUGUUGUGCUCUCUUCUAUUCCUUUGAACCUCCUCGUGAUCAUUCCACUUAUGAUGAAUAUAUUGGAGAAGUGGAGGUGAGGGCAGCACAUAAUGUAGUGGAAGCAUGUGCACAAACAGACACUAUUGAAAAAGUUGUGUUUACUUCCUCAGCAACUGCAAUUAUUUGGGGACAUCAUGAAAAUGAUCAAAACUCUGCAUCCAUGCUUCUUGAUGAAAGACAUUGGAGUGAUAUCAACGUUUGUCGUAAAUUCAAGCUAUGGCAUGCAUUGUCAAAAACACUAGCAGAGAAGACAGCAUGGGCAUUGGCUAUGGACAGAGGAGUCAACAUGGUAUCAGUCAACGCAGGAUUAUUAAUGGGUCCUGAUCUAACGAUCAAAAAUCCAUAUCUUAAAGGAGCUGCUGAGAUGUAUGAAGAUGGAGUAUUUGUGACCGUUGAUCUUGAUUUCUUGGUGGAGGCCCACAUUUGUGUUUAUGAACAAAUUUCAACUUAUGGACGCUAUUUAUGCUUUAAUCACAUUAUUAAUCAAACUGAAGAUGCUCUUAAACUUGCCAACAUGUUAUCCCCUAUGCCUUCUUCACCUCAAAGUAUGGAGAGUGACACAAGGAUAAUUCAAGAGAGGAUUAGCAACAAGAAGUUGAACAAACUUAUGAUUGAAUGUCAGCCACAGAUUAAUGGCAAAUCAAGAGGAGUGCUUAUGAAAAUGUCAACAUAAUUAAUUCAUUUAAGCAUUAUGAAUUGAUUGGUAACCUCUCCAUGCUUAGAAAUUAUUUUCCAAGGUUAUUAAAUUCGACAACAAUAUUUCACCCAAAAGAAAGAAAAAUAGAAAGGAAAUAAGCCCAAAAAAUGGCAUGUAAUUAUGUUGAUGUGCAAAUGUCAACAUUAGUAAAGCAAUAAUUUAAAAGCUCCAUGUGAUAAAAUUUUGCAAA